UGGGAGGGUGUUGAGACAGAUCAUCUAAAGCUCAUGAGUACCAAAUGGAUGGUCCAAACCGUAAAAAUAGAGUUCAUGUAGCAGAUCCUUGAAGAAAUACCCUAAAAAAAUCAGAUAGAAUGAGAGAUUCCAAUACUAUUGACUCUACCGUGGAGAAGACAAAGAAUUGGAAAACAUAUCGCAGUAAUGUCUUCAAGUAUGAUCCAGAAUUAAGCUAUGGAUUCCCUGAAGAGCAGCUCAAGUAUAGCACAACUAAAGCUCUUAAAAUCAAUGAUGAGUAUUCCAACAAAGAGAGGUCAAGAAUGUUUAGAAACAAGAGAUAGUUAGCUUUGAUCUCUAUUCUUUGCUAAAUCAGCAGAAAUAAGCUAAAUUCUU